GUUCAUCUCCGAGCUAGGCAAGAGAGCACGCAAAGGCAACCUAGAGAAACCCGAAAAAAACGUCGUGCCGUUUCUCUGCAGAAAACUCGAACGCCACGUCGCCCCAGCAGCCACGGAAUCGCUGAUAUAUACACACACAGUGGCGGCGCCGCGGUGGCGCAUACAUACACUCGUCCGGCGCGAUCGAUCGAGCCGUGAAGAGCAGCAGCUCGAGCUCGUACGCGGCCGGCGAUCGUCUGUCGGGGAGGCGCAUGAGCUUCUAACGGAAAUCUCGAUCGGAACCUCCGGCCGUCUCCUGAGUCCUGACAGAGAGUCAGAGACAGCCCGAUCGCGAUGGACGUGGAGAUGGGGGCCAGAGCGGCGGCGGCGCCGCCGGCCGCGGACACGGAGGCGGCGUGGAAGGCUCCGGCGGCGAUGGUGCUGGUGCAGCUGUUCAACACGGGGAUGGUGCUGCUGUCCAAGGUGUCCAUCGGCGGCGGCAUGUUCGUCCUCGCGCUCCUCGCCUACCGCAGCCUCUUCGGCGCCGCCAUCAUCCUCCCCGUCGCGCUCCUCCGGGAGAGGGGGAAGUGGAAAGAGAUGGACUGGCAUGCCGCUGGAUGGAUCUUCCUUAAUGCAUUCAUCGGGUAUGCCGUACCAAUGAGCCUAUACUACUAUGGCCUGCACGACACAACGGCAUCCUACGCCAUCAUAUUCCUGAACAUAAUUCCUCUGACAACCUUCAUCCUCUCCUUCGUCCUCAGAAUGGAGGCACUGCACAUCAGAAGCAUGGCAGGAUUGCUCAAGGUCGCGGGAGUUUUGCUCUCUGUCGGCGGCACAAUGAUCAUCAGUCUCUACAAGGGAGAGAUUCUGCAUCUCUGGAACCCUAUCCUUCACCAUCCCAAUGAAGAGCAUGUGGAUGUCGCAAGUCACCAGCUGCGUGGAACGUUCUUGUUGGCAGGCAGCAGCUUCAUGUUUGCUUGCUGGUAUCUAAUUCAGUCCAAGGUUCUCAACGUGUAUCCAUACAAGUACUGGUCAUCCAUGGCGACUUGCUUGGUUGGAGGGUUUCAGACUGCACUUGCAGGAGUUAUAGUGAGGAGGGACAAGGACGCCUGGAAGAUAGGAUGGGACAUAAACCUUCUGACCAUUGUGUACUCGGGGGCACUCGCAACUGCUGGAAAAUAUAGCUUGAACUCGUGGGCUGUGGCUAAGAAAGGCCCUUCAUAUCCUCCCAUGUUCAACCCAUUAUCGGUGGUCUUUACUGUUGUGCUAGGCUCCAUGUUUAUAGGUGAUGACAUCACUGUGGGAAGCCUCAUUGGGACAACUCUAGUGAUUGUUGGGACCUACGUCUUCCUCUGGGCCAAAGCACGCGAGCUACCUGAAAAGUAGAGUUGUGACGGUACGAAGUUAUCGAAAUCACAGAAACAGAUAUACUGUUUGUUUCAAUGGCGGAUGCAGCAACUUCAACGAAUAUGGACGCAUCAGUUCUAGUACAUCUCUACCCAUGGUGUUAGCUGACAACUAGAGUACAGAUAUUGAAGAAGCUAAUGGAAUCAGCGGCAGGAGAGCCUGGGCGGACGCCCAGGGUCACUGGGGCCUAGGUUUGCCCCUUGUUUGUAUUGUGCAUCAUUUGUUUUUUUUCUCACUGUGGGCUGCGCCCGAAUUUCAUUUAUUACCAAAAAGUAACGAAACAAGUCUAGAAGGGUUCUCCAGAGCAAA